CGACAAGCGCUGUAGAUAUUGUUGCUGUCCACGGCAUUGCAGGAGAUGCCUACGGUGCAUGGACACACGAUAAUGGAACCAUGUGGCUCCGAGAUCUUGUACCAAAAGACUUACCAGGGGUACGAGUCUUUUCAUAUGGGUACCCUCCCCAAGUCUUCUUCACCCUCGGGACGGGUGGCCUUGAGGACUUUUCUAGGGGCUUGCUCGAGGGAUUACGAGGCGAGCGACGGGGAAAGGAGUAUGAGAAGCGUCCAAUCAUAUUCAUCUGUCAUAGUAUGGGAGGGAUUGUCGUUAAAAAAGGUU